AUGUUUAAUUGUGGUCUUUCAUAUCAAAGUUUUGCCCUUUCAUGUGCAGCUGGUUAUGCUGUUCAACAAAUUAUUAAGAGGGAUAAUCUUUUGGAUAAUGUCAAGAAAAUGGGAGAAUAUUUAGGUGAACAAUUGCUUGCAAAAGUAGGUGUGAUUCCAAUAGUUGUAGAUAUUCGAGGAAGAGGGUUGUUCUGGGGUAUUGAAUUUGGUAGACAGCAAGAGAAUAACAAACCAUUUGAUCCCGAGUUGAAUUUAUCUAGAAGAAUAGCUGAGGUGUGUAUGGCUAAUGGUGUUGUUGUUUAUCCUGGUAAAGGUACUAUUGAUGGUGUCAUUGGUGAUCAUAUAAUUAUCGCUCCAAGUUUUACUAUAACCUCUGAAGAUAUUGACCAUAUUGUAGAGCUUGUCUCUAAAUCACUUAGUGAGUUUAUGAAUGAAAUUUUAUAA